AUGGACGGCAUUGCGCAAACUAAACAGAAUGUCGAUGAAGUGGAAUUUGUCAAGCCUGGCCCGUUACAAAGGCUUCCGCUGCCGCCACAGCUAGCUCAUUUGGAGGGCGAGGGUCUUGCUCAACUUGAAAAUGGCCUCGUGCGCAGACUUGAUAGUUGCCUGCUUCCCGCAGUCGUGAUCCUUUUUCUCAUGAACAUCCUUGACCGUAACAAUAUUGCCAACGCCAAAAUCGCAGGGUUGCCGGAUACUCUCAAUAUCUCGAACACGCAGUACAACACAUGCCUGAUGAUUUUCUACGUUGGAUAUAUCAUAACACAGAUUCCGUCCAAUCUUAUCAUCACAAAGGUCAAACCUUCGCUCUAUAUCGGUUUUGUCACAGCAGCCUGGGGUAUUGUUUCGAUGUGUCAAGCAUUCACGCGCAACUUUACAGGUCUUCUGAUAUGCCGACUGGUACUUGGACUAGUAGAAGGACCUUUCUUACCCGGUGUGUUCUUCUUGAUGUCUUGUUGGUACAAACGAUCCGAGCUUCCUCCCCGGAUAGCCCUGCUUUAUGGUGCCAAUAUGCUAGCAAGUGCAUUCGGAGGCUUAAUCGCUGCCGGCAUUGUCGCGCGCAUGGAAGGAAAAUUGGGUAGGCCAGCCUGGGAAUGGUUAUUCAUCAUUGAGGGGUCGAUGACUAUUGUUAUUGCACUUCUUGUAAUUCCAUUCAUCCCGGACUACCCUGGAACGAAGCGAUGGUGGCUCCACGACGACCACCAGAUCCUUGCAGACUGGAGGCUACAGAAUGAAAAUGCUGGUCUGGUAGACGAUGAUCCUCAGUCCCUCACCUGGGGACUCAAGCAAGCCUUCCUCGAUCCGAAACUGUACAUGUUCGUGAUACUUCAAAUGGCGCUCAUCACUGCACAAUCUUUCAACAACUUCUUCCCUUCCAUUGUGGGGACACUGGGAUAUGAUGACACCAUAACUCUAUUACUCACAGCACCACCCUACGCAUUUGCGUUUAUCUGCUCUCUACUCAUAUCGUUUCAUGCAGCUCACAAGCAAGAGCGCGGCUACCACAUCGCCGUUCCAUUGGCAUUUGCUCUUCUUGGUAACUUGUUGGCAAUGUUCGUGCCAACUACAGGUGGGCGAUACUUCAGCAUGUUUCUCAUGACUGCUGGCUCAUACUCUCCCUAUAACCUUUGUGUCUCUUGGUUGAGCUCAACGCUUCCCAGACCAAAGGCCAAGCGGGCAACAUCACUAGCACUUGUGAACCUUAUGGGUGCCGGUGUUGCACACUUCUAUACAUCCUACAUGUUUCCAGAUUCACAAAAGCCAAGGUAUUACGCUGGUGGGGGUGUGAUGAGCGGUGCUUGCUUGGUGUGCGCGAUCACUGCGUUAGGGAUCAAAUGGCAUCUAAAGAAGCAAAAUGCGGAGCUCGAGAGAGCAGAGGUUGAAGAAGGAAGAAUGGCAGGGGCAGCUAUUGCGGGCCCACAGAUGGGGGUUCGUCCAGAUGGUGUUGUCUCGUUCCGAUACGUGCACUGA